CGCAGAUAACGAGGGACCAUCGAUAAUUCUCGAUUUAGACAAAAAAGAGAGCAAGCAUGGCUCAACCCACCGCCACGCCUCUCAAUAUGUCUCUCGAGGAGAAACUCGACAAGAUUCGCAUGCCCAAGCUGCAGAAUCAGCAACAGACCGGCGUUGUGCUCAAGGCAGUCGAGGACACCCUCAGAGACCAGAAAACCGAUUUCACACCAACCGGCUACUUCGCCGCUCUCCUAGCCCUCCUACCCCAGGCCAUCACCUCCAGCGGCGUCGUCAACAAGGAAUUGGCCACCUCCGUCGUCUAUCUUCUCGAUGUCGUAACGCCCUUCGCGCCAGAGCCUCUCCUGCGCUCAAAAUUCUUGCAAAUCCUCACAAACAUUGCGCCAGCCCUCUCAUUACCCGAAGCCGAUGCGCCGCUCCUCAGACCCUCGAUUGGAUGCCUCGAGUCCCUUCUCCUGGCCCAGGAUGCCUCGGCGUGGGAGCUUUCUCAGACACAAAUCGGACCCCGCCGCGCUAUCGCUGGUCUCUUACAAUUAGCCGUUGACCACCGCCCAAAGAUCAGAAAGAAGGCCCAGGAUGCGAUUACGAAGGUGCUGAGGAACCCGCCACCAAGCCCUUCCAGCGAUCACCCCGCAGCGGAUAUGUGCGCUGAGACGGCGCUGAAGAGCAUGUCUGAUUUGGCAGCGAAAGCUAGCCAAGCAAAGAAGCAGAGGAAGGGACAAGCCGACGCUGAACAUGAGCCGGCUCUUAUCCAUUCGCUGCAUUUGGUCAAGACAGUCGCAGCGGCUUCUGGAGGAUGGCCUAGCAAGAAGAUUGAGGCGCUUUGCGAAGUCCUCCUCAAUAUCUCCAAGUCUAGCAACGAGUACAUGACCAUGGCUGCGUUUGAGGUUUUCGAGAUUAUCUUCCAGGGAAUGGCCGAGGACGAGGUUGCCUCUGCGAAACUCCCAAGACUCUUAGAGGUCAUUUCCGAGCUGCGACCAUCGCAGAACGACUCCCAGCUUCUCCCACCAUGGAUUGCUGUUAUUUCCAGAGGAUACGACGUCAGCGCUCAAAUUAACCCCGACGAGACCUUUCAGCAGCUGCCUGAGUUAUUCACCAUGAUUUCGGGCUUCAUGGCUUCCGCAUCACACAAUAUCCGGAUUUCCGCAUCGGAGUGCUUAAUGUCCUUCAUGGCGAACUGCGUACCCGAUACCAUUCUCCUUGAGCCGUCCAUUUACGACGAGAAAGUCCUGGAGAAGCUGUCAAAGGCAGCAAUCGACUUACUCAGCCUUAAAUACCAAACAGCAUGGAUGGAGUCUUUCAACGUCUUUGGCGCCAUGUUUGACAGCUUGAGAUGGCGCUCUGACCCCAUCCUGAGAGAGGUGGUCAAGACUGUUGGCGAUCUUCGUGGCAACAACUCCUUCUCCGGAAAGAAGGAAGCCGACGAGGUUCUUGGCAAGGCGAUCCGUGCUAUGGGCCCCGAGGCCGUUCUGUCCAUCUUGCCGCUCAACCUGGCAAAGCCAGUCCCUGGCCAGCCCGGAAGAGCUUGGAUGUUCCCUAUCCUCAGAGACUUUGUUAGCAACACCAAGCUCCAGCACUUCAGAGAUGAGCUCUUGCCAUUGAGCGAGGUCAUGUUCCAGAGGGUGUUGGAUAACGGUGAUGCCGAGAGGACUAUGGAGAUUAAGAUUUUCGAUACCUUGGUGAAGCAGAUCUGGGCUACCCUGCCUGGCUACUGUGACCUGCCAUUGGAUCUGACCGAGGCCAUGGAUCAAAAGUUCGCUGAGAUCCUGUCUACUCUUCUUUACACUCAAGUGGACCUCCGAUCUGAUGUCUGCAAAGCACUGCAGACAUUGGUCGAGUCGAACCAGGUUAUUGCCGCAAUUGAGGAGGAAGAUGACUUGGUUCUCCAGUCCCGAGUCUCCAAGGCCGUGGCACAGAAGAACCUUGAGCACCUGUCUGGCUUUGCCGGCAACAUGCUCGCUGUUCUCUUCAACGUCUACAGUCAGACGCUGCCACAGUUCAGAGGAUACAUCCUCAAGUGUAUCAAUGCCUAUCUUAGCAUUACCCCACCUGCCGAGCUGAUGGAGACAUUCCAGCGUGUUACCACUGCGCUCGAAGGUUCCCUCGCCGAGAGUGUUGCAAAGACCCAAGCUGAGAAGCAGAAGCAAAAGCAGCAAAACAACGAAGACAAGAUGCCCCAGACAAGCCACACUCUUAUGGAUCUUGUUAUCACCAUCUCUGUAUACCUUCCUCGCGAGAGCUUCAUCACCCUUUUCAACAUUUCCUCCCUCAUUAUCGUUAAGGACGAUGACCCGCAACUCCAAAAGAAGGCAUACAAGCUCAUCCCAAGGCUCGCCGAGUCGGAAACCGGCAAGGCCGCCCUCCAAGAGCGCAGCGCUGAGCUGCAACAGCUCCUACUAAGCAGCUCCGAGAAGGUUUCCCCACCAGCGAAACGUGACCGCCUCACAGCCAUCACAACACUCAUCCCCUUCCUCCCCACCGACUCCCUCCACUUCAUCCCCUCCAUCCUCUCCGAAGUCGUCAUCUCCUGCAAAGAGACCAACGAGCGCGCGCGCACUGCCGCCUUUGACCUCCUAAUCCUCAUGGGCGAGAAGAUCGUCUCCUCCUCCGGCGCCACCAUCCACAACAGCAAAGUCGCGCACAUGCCCGACGACGCCCCCUCUGCCACCGCCAACCUCGAAGAGUACUUCACCAUGGUCAGCGCCGGCCUCGCGGGUAGCACACCACACAUGGUCUCCGCCUCCAUCACCGCGCUCACCCGCAUCCUGUACCACUUCCGCGAGCAGCUCAGCGCAGAGACCCUCACCGAUCUCGUCCAGACAAUGGACCUCUUCCUCACCUCCAACAACCGCGAGAUUGUGCGCAGCGUCCUCGGUUUCGUAAAGGUCUGCGUCAUCAGCUUGCCGCUCGCGCUCAUGACGCCCCGCCUCGAGACUCUGAUCCCCAACCUCAUGGUCUGGAGCCACGAGCACAAGGCCCAGUUCAAAGCCAAGGUGAAGCACAUCCUCGAGCGCAUGAUGCGCCGCUUCGGCGUCGACGUCGUCACCAAGUUCUGUCCCGAGGAGGACCGCAAGCUCAUCGCCAACAUCCGCAAGACGAAGGAGCGGAACAAGAGGCAUAAGGAUGCUGCUAAGGCGGCUGGCGAGGACGAUGACGAGGAUAAGCAGCAGCGCAAGGGCAGGUUCGAGAGCGAGUACGAUGAGGCGCUGCAGGAUAGCGAUAGUGAGGGCUCGGAUGUCUCGGAUAAUGAGGUGCUUGGUAAGAGCAGCAAGAAGCGUCGUGCUGAGGAGAAGGGCGGGAAGAGCUAUAUCGUUGAGGAUGAGGAGGAGCCGCUUGAUCUGCUGGAUCGUAGGGCGCUGGCGAAUAUCUCUAGCACGAAGCCUUUGAGGCAGCGCGCUGCGGCUGGGAGGAAGGCUGCGAAGACGGAUUUGGAUGGGAAGUUGGUCUUUGGAGAGGAUAGUGAUGAGGAUGAUAAGAUGGUCAUUGAUACUGGUGAUAAGGAUGAGGAGGGUGGAGUUGGAGCGUAUGUCAACGCUCUUAAGGGCAGAGAUGCCGCGCAGAGGGGUAGAGGUGGAAAGCUGAAGUUCAGCAAUAAGAGGGAUAAGAAUGACGAUGAAAUGGACGUUGACGAUGAAGAUAUCCAGCAGGUGAAGAAGCAGAUUGGCGGUGACCGCAGGGAUUCAAGGGGAGGUGGCCGAGGCCGCGGCGGAGACCGUGGUGGACGUGGUAGUGGACGCGGAGGAUUCCCACAGAGGAGAGGCCUUGGAGAGGAGAAGAGGAGCGGGCCUUCUGGUGAUGGUGGACGGGUUAUGAAGAGCCCCAGGGGAAGGGGCGGCCGUGGUGGUGGCAGAGGUGGAAGGAGAUAGGUGUAGAUGAUGACGGUGCUUUUAGUUAUGCUGGGAAAAAUAUCAAGGGUUCUUAUGAUGCUUAUAUGUAGAAAUUAUCUAUAUUUUAAAUUGAUCGAACUCAAUG